CGCCCACCCAGUCCCCGCUCAUACGCCGGUCGAUAAAACCCCAAUGCGCGCGCACACAAAACAAAAAAAAACAGUAAAACCCCAACAGCCCUAAAUUUGAUCAGACACGAUCACCUCGCUCUUCUUUAUCUUCUCGGAAGCCGGGGGUCCGAGACCUCCAACCCCGGCCCCGGAGAACACAGAGAGAGAUAGAGCCCUUCUUCGCUGAGAUGAAGUAUUUAACAAUCGCUAACAGUCCAAGGUAUCGAUUCUUUGAUCUCUAGGUCUUCCCUCUGUCGAUUCAAGAUAUAUGUAACAAUAUAAAAACUUUAUGCCAAGCAAAGAGAAGAAGGACAGAAAGAGAGGAGAAAACAUGGGAAAGGGAACUGAUCUAUGGGAUGAUUCUGCCCUUAUUAAUGCCUUUGAUCACGCCAUGGCCACCUACAAGGCAAUGCAUACUGAGGAGUACCAAGGCAAUUUCCUGAAGGAAGGAAAACAAACAACUGAAAGUAAUAAAGAUGAACCUGUUCAUGCCGAAAAGACAACGGAACAGAUAGAGCCGGAUGAUGACAUCAAUAACAUAAACAGUGGUGCAGCAGAGGUUCAUGUAUCCUGCUGUUCCAAUGAAGUAACUGCUGAAGAUCUUCCAGAUCAAAAAGAUAAUCUGGGCAUGGAUUUCCAUGCCACAGAAUCUUACCCAUAUUCAUCAGGCGCCCUCUAUACUGAUGGGAAGAUAGAUGGUUAUUCUGUUCAGCAAAGCACCGAAUUUAAUGAACUGUUAAGACAGUAUUAUGAACUUGAGGAGAAGAAGCAGAAGAUUGUCGAGCAACUUCAGGAUACAAAUUAUUUGAAUUACCAAACGACAGCUCAAUCUUUCACAUCUCAGAUGCAUGAUGUUCCUGCAUCUAACGCAUGUAAUGCUUCUGAAUAUGCUCGACAGCAUCCAUGCUCCCUGUGCUCGUGUCAUUAUUUAGCUGUUCCAAUAUCUGCUUGUGCCAUUGGUGGUUUGUCAUCUGAAGGCUAUGGUUGUUGCCCACCAUGGAUUGCAAGCUGUUCUGUAUCUCCGGCAAAUCUAUUUCCUGCUGCUCACGCCUCAGGUGCUCAGUGUCCUGCUCAAAGUGGAACUUGUUCUAUUGGUGCAUCAUGCUCAAUGGAUCCUGCAAAACAAUCUACAUAUGCAGAUGACGAGGUUGUAAAAGCAGGAAUGAUAGCUGCUGAAAGAACAAUAAAUUCGAUGAAGACAGAAAUAUCUGCAACUUCUAAUAUCUGUGAAGAUUUUCUUGAUAUGGCAAUAGCUGGCAAAGUGCCCUUGGGAAAGGAAAUGGGAAAGGAUAAAUCAGAGAACUCAGGUAUACAAGAGCGCAAAGGGUCGGAAAGCAUUGGCCCAGAGACUGAUCUCGCCUGUGUUCUGAAUGCGUGGUAUUCUGCAGGCUUCCAUACUGGCAGGUACCUGUUGGAGCAGUCUAGGAGAAAUUCUCACCAGUAACACUGCUAUUGGUGAUUUUAGCAUCAUGGUUGGGCCAACCCUUCAAUUGCAUCAAACUUGAAAGUAAUGUUGGUAGGUUCAUUGUCAAGCAGUUACAGUCGCUGUAGUUGGCGGACACUAUAUUCUGAUUGUGAACGGUUGUUUUUUUUUUUUGUACUUGAAUGGCUUGACAACCGACUAAGUUAUUGUUUUUAAAAAACAAUAGGAAUGGUAAAUUAUGAAUUAUUUUAUAGAAUACUAAGAGCAUGUCUUAUUACAA